GGGUAUAUCAUUUGCAUUUCGACAGAAUACGACAGAAUUUUUUUUUUCAAAUUCAGAUCUUCAAAAUUUUGCUCCAAAUUACAAAUUUCUAUAAGAUGCCAGGAGAAAUUUUUGUAACUUUGCCUCCUUACAGUGAUUCUAUUAUCUAUGGAAGAAUUUCGUUUGAAGAUAGCCCGGAAAUUGUGUAUUUUCCUUCCCAAGCCCAGCCCAAAUCAAUACAGUUGUCAAAUAUGCAAAUCAAUGGAAGUGGAGAAGCUUUUGGAAUUAUUCUUAGCAAACCUAAAGAGUCAUAUGGAGGAGUCUCCGGAUCUAAUGAAAAAAACGUUACCAUUGGUCUUGUUUACAAUAAAAAUGAGUCUGGUUUUCAAGGAAAUGAACUUCUCAGAUUAGCUCUCGAAAAGAGUACUGGUUCAGAAUGUGCGAUACAAAUAAUAACAGAUUUGAUAAACCAGUAUGAAGAAACUAAACCUAUUGAUAUGUCUUGUAUGUUUUCAUUUGUUAUUUGUGAUCCUGGUUCAGCAUGGAUAUUAAACAUUGUUGGAAAAUUAUGGGCAGCUGAAAAGAUAGAUGCUCAAUUUAGAAGUGUUAGCUCAGAAUUAUGCGUAGGAACCAAGAUAGAUAAAUGUUCUGAAAAUUUAAAAGAAGAAUGUAAAUCGUUAGCACUAUGGGAUGGGGCAAGCGAUUUCAGUUUCAAAAGUAUUAUUGGUACUGAACACAAAAAUGAAUCCAUAUGUUAUGAUAAACAAAAUUUGGAUAAAAAAUUUACAGUUCAAACAAUGUUUGAUGUACUUCGAAAUCAUAAUGGAAAGGAAAACACAAAAUCUAGUCAUGUAUCUGUAUUAAAUUUGAACGGCAUCUGUGUUAAUUGGUUUACCGGGACUUCUACAAAAGAAUCUGUUUUUAAACCUUUUGUAUUUACUUCUAGUGCACGUAUAUCUCCAUUAACAAAGGUGAAGGUUGGAGAAGAUGACACAAUUUUAAAUAAAUUGCAUUCUCAGCGAAAUUGGAAAAUGGUAGGAGAACUGCUACAAUCUUUAGAAAAGACUUGUGUUAAAGAAGUCGACACAUACAUAGCUGAAAAUCCAAAAGCUUUGAGUCAAGAGCUAGACGACUUAAUGAAAGAUUGUGUAGAGGCUGAAGUUAAAUUUUAUCGUUAAUUAACAUAUAUGUUCCAAGAAUA